CCUCCACAGUGCACAGACACGUGCGGACCAUCACGGCGGACUAGACAUGAACACCAUGAAGCUAUUGGCGCUGCCUCUUCUCUUCACUUUAAUGCACAGUCCUGGCUCCGUGUCGGUGACGGUAAGCAGCAGUAAACCCAAAGUGGAGGUCCACGAGCACACAGAUGCUGUGCUCACCUGUGAGUUCCGGACAGAGAAAGAUCCGAACCCUCGAAUCGAGUGGAAGAAGAAAGGAAAGGGCGUGACCUUUGUGUACUUUAAUCACAAAUUUACUGGGUCUUAUGCAGGACGGGCGCAGAUGGAAGGAGCGACGCUGACAAUACACUCUGUUACCCAAAAAGACUCUGGGGAGUACCGCUGUGAGGUGACUGCUGGCGAGGACCACGUCAACCUCGGGGAAGCCAUUGUGACCCUGGAUGUGCUCGUGCCUCCUCACGUCCCGUCCUGUGAGGUCCCGAGCUCCGUGUUUGUGGGCUCAGGUUUGGAGCUUCUCUGUAAGGACAAACUCAGCAUGCCCCCUGCCACCUACCGCUGGUACAAAGACAACAAGGCUCUGACGGCCACGACAGAUUCUCCAUACAUCGUUGACACGAACAAGGGCACACUGAAGUUUAAGAGUGUGUCCAAGACAGACGCAGGGAUGUACCGCUGUGAGUCUUCCAACAGCGCGGGGGCGCCCAAGAGCUGUGUGUCCCAACAACUCAAAGUCAUUGAAUAUCCUUGGAAUAUAGCGUAUUUGAUCACAGGUGCUGCAGGCAUUCUGGCGCUCGGCCUUUUCUGUUGCAUCUGCGUGUGUGUGUGCCGACACAGAGGCUGCUGCAGGAAAGACAAGAAGACAAAAAGCGCCAUGUCCUACAACCCUCCUCCCCCCCCUCCCAUCCGCAAUAUCAAGCAUUACAAACAAACUCACUCCUUCAUGAUCUGAUCACGUUGACUUCAAACCAUCCGCAGCUGUUUGGACGGCUCACUGCUUCGUGGGACGGACAGAUCUUCAGAUAUUAAGCUAAAACAGAACUGAAUCUUUUCAUGAUGCUUUCUAAUCAUUGGCAUUUAUGGCAAUACAUAACUCACAGUUCUGUAAUUAUGGGUUUAACUCAGCUCUUUCAAAUGUUUUUACAUGUUUCCAGUUCAUCUCAGACUUUUGGAACCAAGUUUACUGCCUAAUCAUAUGUUUUAGCUCUCUUACGCCACCUAUAUACAAGGAAGUGUCAUUCGUACAAGACACCUAGUGAGCUACUGUAUAGAUUGUAUUCUUUUAUUGCCCUUUGUUUAUUUUUAGAUACAGAAAUGUUGGUUUAUAUGAGGAGUUAUUUUUUUCUCUAUGUCACUUUUGUUAUAUGCUUGUUGUGUUGAUCUCAUAAAUCUUUGGUUGUAUACAUUUGAAUGGGAAUUGAGCCACAGAUGAACGGGUGUCUGCACACACUGAAUGAUGCUUUGGAAGAAAUGUAAGAUACUCUUUAGUACAUGUUUUGUUGAAU